AAAAAGCAGCGCUGGGGAGAGGAUGAAGGCAGAGUUCGCGGGUGAGUCACGGGCGGAGCUGGCCUCGCUCGCUCGCUCGCUGGCUCCUGCCCGCCCUCGGUCCUCCGCCCUCUCGCCGGCGCUCACCUCCACCGCCCGCCGCCCGCCACCAGCCGCCUGCAGUCCGCUGCCGGGUCCAGCUCGCCCCCGGCUCCUGCCCCUAGCCCCUGGAGAGCUCGCCGGCGCCCAGAGUCCAUGAGCGCCAGUCUGUAGCGCACCAGCCAGCUGUGCCCGGAGCCCGCGCGCAGCCUCGAGGUCCUGUCUGAGGUGCCUCUGACCGUCCCUGCCUUCACCCCACCCCGGAUCCCGGCAAUGCUAACCGCUGUCUGCGGCUCUCUGGGCAGCCAGCACACGGAAGCGCCGCACGCCUCCCCGCCGCGCCUCGACCUGCAGCCUCUCCAAACUUACCAGGGCCACACGAGCCCUGAGGCUGGGGACUACCCCUCCCCGCUGCAGCCUGGAGAGCUGCAGAGCCUCCCGCUGGGCCCGGAGGUGGACUUCUCCCAGGGCUAUGAGCUGCCAGGGGCCUCCUCUCGGGUAACCUGCGAGGACCUGGAAAGCGACAGUCCCUUGGCCCCGGGCCCCUUUUCCAAGCUCCUGCAGCCGGACAUGUCACACCAUUAUGAAUCGUGGUUCAGGCCGACUCACCCAGGCGCGGAGGAUGGCUCGUGGUGGGACCUUCAUCCGGGCACAAGUUGGAUGGACCUCCCCCACACUCAGGGAGCGCUGACCUCACCUGGCCACCCCGGGGCGCUUCAGGCGGGCUUGGGGGGCUACGUAGGAGACCACCAGCUUUGUGCUCCGACACCCCACCCGCAUUCGCACCACCUCCUUCCAGCUGCCGGAGGGCAGCAUCUCCUGGGGCCGCCCGAUGGGGCUAAGGCCUUGGAAGCAGCCGCCCCGGAGUCCCAGGGGCUGGAUUCCAGCCUAGAUGGGGCGGCACGCCCCAAAGGCUCGCGACGGUCGGUGCCCCGCAGCUCAGGCCAGACCGUCUGUCGCUGCCCCAACUGUCUGGAGGCGGAGCGACUAGGAGCUCCAUGUGGGCCUGAUGGGGGCAAGAAGAAGCAUUUGCACAACUGCCACAUCCCGGGCUGCGGGAAAGCCUACGCCAAGACGUCGCACCUGAAGGCGCACCUGCGCUGGCACAGCGGCGACCGUCCCUUCGUGUGCAACUGGCUUUUCUGCGGCAAACGCUUCACGCGCUCAGACGAGCUGCAGCGCCACCUCCAGACCCACACCGGCACCAAGAAGUUCCCCUGUGCAGUCUGCAGCCGCGUCUUCAUGCGCAGCGACCACCUGGCCAAGCACAUGAAAACCCACGAGAGCGCCAAGGAGGAGGCUGCCGGGGCGGCCCCGGGCGAGGGAAAGGCCGGCGGCGCAGUGGAGCCCCCCGGGGGCAAAGGCAAACGCGAGGCCGAGGGCAGCGCCGCACCCUCCAACUGAGCUCCUCGGUGUCGCCUCCCUGCAGGUCUCCCGGGGUGCGCUGGAUGCGAGCCGCCAGGUCUGACGUCCUUGGGGGUGGCUUGAGGAAGAGGGGAAGGUGCAUAUUUAUUCAGGGGGGAGGAAAAGUGGUGCAGGGACAGGAAGAUGGGGCACUAGGGGUUUUUAGUCUCUGGGGCUACUAGGCAGGAUGCAUUUGACUGGGCCGGUAGGAGCUGUGCAUGCCGCUCAGGUUUUCCCUGCCUCACGGUUUCCCUCGCCCCUGGGCUGGGGGUUUGGGGUGGGACACCCGUACCGCGGCUGGCGGGGACAGGCUAGAGGAGAAAGCAAGUCUCAGUUCCCGCCGGAGCGUAAAGAAGUGGGGCCAGCCCCGGGGGCUGGGGGUGGCUGUCUGGACACGUCCUUAGCGCCUGGGAACCGGGACAUAAAAGCGCCUCCGGAGCCGCCCUGCGGCGAGGUCCCUUUCAUCCCACUUACAAGUGCUUCUGCCCCUAGGGUUUCCGGAGGGAGAGACGGGACAGAAUGGGGGAGCCUGGGGGUCCCCCUUGGCAGAGGUGUCUCUCCCUGAUUUGGAAGGUUGUUGCUGUAAAAAUAACUCCUUUGAUGAGCUUCCUUAUGAACCCUUCCAGACCCAGUCUGAUGGAGCCACGAAGGAAGAGGGGUAGAGGGCUGGCAUUCCUGACAGCUUCCCAGUAGGGGCUGUGCAGUAAAGGACAGAGUUAGAUGUGGGGGGCGAGUAGGGAAGUUCCCUUCUAAAAUAAGAG